GUUAAAACUCUAGUUUGUGUCGGCAGAGAACACCACCACACUCAUUCAUUCAUUCCUUAGAUAUUUUUUCCCUUCAUACUUCCUAGAACAACUAAAAAAAAUUAGAAACAUAGUCUGGGAAAAUAUUUUCUGGGAAAUUAAAAUCUCUGGGGUUUCUUAUUGGACCUGAAAAUGAUGAAGAAAAGGUCAAAUGGGUACGGUAAAAUGAGUGAGAGCUCAACCACAACCACGACCUCUAUGCCUACAAUUGAAGAAGAAGAAGUUGAGUGGGAGAUGAGGCCAGGUGGAAUGUUGGUCCAGAAAAGAAGCGACAAUGUUAAGGACCUUCCAGCAGCUCCAAAUGUACGGCUUCGUGUUGCUUAUGGUGCUCUCCGCUACGAGAUCUCGGUCAAUUCUAGUGCCACUUUCGGAGAGGUGAAGAAGAUUCUUACUGCUGAGACAGGAUUACAGCCAGAUGAACAGAGAGUAAUGUUUAGAGGGAAAGAGCGAGAGAAUGGGCAUUACUUGGACAUGUGUGGGGUCAAAGACCGUUCCAAACUCGUACUAGUCCAGGACCCUUCAAGCAUCGAGCGGAGAUUCAUCGAGAUGCGUAGGAAUGCCAAAAUCCAAAAUGCUUAUCGUGCCAUCUCGGACGUGUGCAUGGAGGUCGAUAAGCUGGUGGAUCAAGUCUCUGCCAUUGAAAAGUCCAUCUCAAAUGGGGUUAAGGUACCGGAAGUUCAGAUCACGACAUUAAUUGAGAUGCUUAUGAGACAAGCAAUCAAGCUAGAUAACAUUUCUGCAGAAGGAGAUGCUUCUGCUCAGAAGAAUUUGCAGGGUAAGAGAGUGCAAAAGUGUGUUGAAAGCCUUGAUGUGCUGAAGAUAGCAAACGCAAAAGUAAAGCCUGUUAUUGUCACGACCAAGUGGGAGACAUUUGAUCCUCCUCCUUCGGCACCAAAAUGGGAAUUUUUUGAUUGAUCUCUCCCCAAUGUUUUUAUUUUCUUUCUCUUCCUUAAUUCACUGGAAUGUACUUAUCUUGGGAGGAAUAUAAGCGAGCCGCUUGCUACAUUACUUGUACUAAUAGCCCAUCCCUCCUCCCUAUCAACGUUGCCCAUAAGCAUUGGUUGUGAUAUAUACAUAAUAAAUUUUUUUGUCA